ACCUAACUACACUUGGUCGAACUGCUCGAAACCUAUGGCUUAGAGACUGCUCCCUGCUAUAAAUACCUCGCAUCGCUGCGUUCUUGGAAGAGCAUAGUGCAAACGAGCUUUACACUUGUACACUGAAACUUCUCUACGUGACAAAGUUUAGACUUGAUCGAGAUGGCUGACGAGUACGGCCGCAGCGGCUACGGCAGGUCCGGCGCCGGCGACGACUACGACAGCGGCUACAACAAAUCCGGAGGCACCGACGAGUACGGCCGCGGCGAAGGUGGCUACAACAAGUCCGGCACCGACGACUACCGCAGCGGGUACAACAAGUCCAGCACCGACGACUACGACCGCAGCGGCGGCGGCUACAACAAGUCCAGCACCAACGAGUACGGCCGCGGUGGCGGCGAUGACUACAACAACGACAGCGGCUACAACAAGUCGGGCGCCAUUGACGACUACGACCGCAGCGGCGGCGGGUACAACAAGUCCUCCGGCGACGACGCGUACACCGGCAGCGGGUACAACAAGUCCUCCGGCGACGACGCGUACACCGGCAGCGGGUACAACAAGUCCUCCGGCGACGACGCGUACACCGGCGGCGGGUACAACAAGUCCGGGGGCGCCGACGACGAGUACGGCUCCUCCCGGGACGACUCGGAGAAGUACAAGAAGGAGGCGAAGGAGCACAAGCACAAGGAGCACCUCGGAGAGAUGGGCACGCUCGCCGCCGGCGCCUUCGCCAUGUACGAGAGGCACGAGGCGAAGAAGGACCCGGAGCACUCGCAGCGGCACAAGAUCGAGGAGGGCGUGGCGGCGGUGGCGGCCCUGGGCAGCGGCGGGUUCGCGUUCCACGAGCACCACGGCAAGAAGGAGGCCAAGGACGCGGCGGAGGACGCCGAGGAGGAGGAGGCGUCCGGCCGCGGGGAGGGGAAGAAGAAGCACCACUUCUUCGGCUGAUCGAGAGCUAUGGUUCGUGCUUCCGCAGCAGCAUGUGAUCAAUAAUAAGAGCAGGGUGUUUCGUGCUCAGAGUGUGUGUGUGUGUGGGGUUACUGAUGUGGUCUGCUGCAGCUGAUGCGGUGCAUGGUGGUUGUGUCUGCAUGUGCGUCUGUCUACGUGUUUUCUACGUGCGGCGUAUAUAUGUACGUGUUCUACCAGGCUUACACGCUUAACUUGUGAGUUGUGACGAGACUUUGAGAAUACAAUCCUUGCAUUUUGUAUUUCC